UAGGGUUCCUCAAUGGCCGGGGCUGGAUGUGCUCGGAGCUGCCGGGCCGGGCACUGGAGCUGCCAGGGCGAGUUCGCGCCCCGGAGGUUGAGAGCUGGCGCUGCAAGUCCUGCGUGCGCCUGACGGCGGAUACCCCUGACCUCCGCACUUGGCUUCUCAUUGCUGCCCGCGGGAGUUUGGGAAGAGCACAUCCCCUGUGCCUUAGAGGACUUCCUCCCCAGAAAAGGGAGAGAGAAAGACUAGGAAGGCGGGAACAGAAGGGCCGGUUGUGCCUGUCGGGGUGGCGGCGCGGGAGGGCAGUGCCAUGCUCCUCUCCAUCCUGACCGCGUUGUGCCUGUGGCUGCGCCUGGGGCUGGGCGUGCGCGGCGCGCCCUGCGAGGCGGUGCGCAUCCCCAUGUGCCGGCACAUGCCCUGGAACAUCACGCGGAUGCCCAACCACCUGCACCACAGCACGCAAGAGAACGCCAUCCUGGCCAUCGAGCAGUACGAGGAGCUGGUGGACGUGAACUGCAGCGCGGUGCUGCGCUUCUUCCUCUGCGCCAUGUACGCGCCCAUCUGCACCCUGGAGUUCCUGCACGACCCCAUCAAGCCGUGCAAGUCCGUGUGCCAGCGUGCGCGCGACGACUGCGAGCCCCUUAUGAAGAUGUACAACCACAGCUGGCCCGAGAGCCUGGCCUGCGACGAGCUGCCGGUCUAUGACCGGGGCGUGUGCAUCUCUCCCGAGGCCAUCGUCACGGACCUCCCGGAGGACGUUAAGUGGAUAGACAUCACGCCAGACAUGAUGGUACAGGAAAGGCCCCUUGACAUUGACUGUAAACGUCUAAACCCUGACCGGUGCAAAUGCAAAAAAGUGAAGCCAACCCUAGCGACAUAUCUGAGCAAAAACUACAGUUACGUCAUUCAUGCCAAAAUAAAAGCUGUGCAGAGGAGUGGCUGUAACGAAGUCACGACAGUGGUGGAUGUGAAAGAAAUCUUCAAGUCUUCAUCACCCAUCCCUCGAACUCAAGUCCCACUCAUUACGAAUUCUUCCUGCCAGUGUCCUCACAUCCUACCCCAUCAAGAUGUUCUCAUCAUGUGUUAUGAGUGGCGCUCACGAAUGAUGCUUCUUGAAAAUUGUUUGGUUGAAAAAUGGAGAGAUCAACUUAGUAAAAGAUCCAUACAGUGGGAAGAGAGGCUGCAGGAGCAGCAGAGGACAGUCCAGGACAAGAAGCAAGCAGCGGGGCGCACCAGUCGUAGUAACCCCCCGAAACCCAAGGGGAAGCCGCCUGCUCCCAAACCGGCCAGCCCCAAGAAGAACAUUAAAGCUAGGAGUGCUCCAAAGAGAACAAACUCCAAACGAGCGUGAGCUCCCAAAGGAGUGUGAGCUAACUGCUUUCCGGAAUGGGGACUUCCUCUCAGGGUCAGGCCGGGCCUUGCCCGGUCAGCCUGCAGAAGGCCACACACCCCUUGCCUUAACAUCAGCAGUCCUCUCCAUAGACACAUCUUGCAGCAUUUUUCUUAGUGAUAUGCUUCCAUUUUUCUUUUUAAGCCACUACAAGCCACAGUGGUAGGUAUGCCCUUUGGUAUGGAAGGCAUAGGAAGGCUGGUGGGAAAGCUUAUCGUUUUCAGAGUGAACCCUCUGUGUACUCGCUGAGAGCUCCACGUGGGGAAAUACGCUUUUGUUCUUACGAUUUGACCUAAUAUGUGCAUUGUAAAAUAAAUGCCAUAUGACAAACAAAA